AUGAAGUUUGGGAAGAGCAUCUGCGUGCUGAACGUGGGGGGAACCCGGUACGCCUUCACCCGGGAGGUGAUCAAGGAUUUCCCUCUCCGGCGCGUCAGCCGCCUGCAUGCAUGCGCAUCAGAGAAAGAAGUGCUGGAGCUGUGCGACGACUACGACCGGGACCGGAACGAGUUCUUCUUCGACCGCCACGCUCAGGCUUUCGUGUUCAUCAUGCUCUACGUGCGCUCCGGGACCCUGCGCUUCGUGCCCGGAGUGUGCGAGCUCUCCUUCUACACGGAGAUGCUCUACUGGGGGCUGGAGAGCGCGCACCUGGACUUCUGCUGCCAGAAGCGCCUGGACGACAGGAUGUCCGAGAUGGGACUGGACGAUCUGUCCGAGGAGGAGGUCGGAGUGUCCGGGGACGAGUCGGUGCAGCGGCCGGCGCUCACGGGCCGAGCGCUGUGGCUGGAGAGGAUGCGCAGGACUUUCGAGGAGCCCAACUCGUCGCUCGUUGCGCAGCUGGUGGCCUCGGUGUCCGUGAUCUUUGUGAUGGUUUCUAUGAUCAUGCUGUGUGCCAGCACCCUCCCGGACUGGGAUACAGCCAAGAGAACCACUGUGGACGAGCACAGGAUAGUGGAGGCCGUGUGUAUGGGCUGGUUUACAGCGGAAUGCAUAGUGCGUUUUCUUGUAGCCAAGGACAAGUGGGAAUUUCUCCGCCGGCCACUGAACAUCAUCGAUGUGAUUGCCAUCACCCCCUACUAUGUCACCAUGGUAAUGGCCCGGGCAGGGAUGCCGGCUGCUGGGCUUGGGGUUGCCGGGGUGGUACUGCGGGUGCUGAGGAUGAUGCGAGUGUUCUGGCUCAUGAAGCUUGCCAGACACUUCCUCGGCCUGCAGACACUGGGGAUGACGCUCAGGCGCUGCUACCGGGAGAUGGUCAUGCUGAUGGUGUUUGUCUUCGUCGCCAUGGCGAUAUACAGCGCUCUGGCCCAGCUGCUGGAGCACGGCUUGGACUUGGGCACGCAGAACCCCGACUACGCCAGCAUCCCAGCUGCUGCCUGGUGGGUUAUCAUCUCCAUGACGACGGUGGGGUACGGGGACGUGUACCCCGUGACAGUUGGAGGACGGGUGCUCGGGGGAAUGUGCGUAGUCAGCGGGAUCGUUCUCCUGGCGCUGCCCAUCACGUUCAUCUACCACAGUUUUGUACAGUGCUACAGUGAACUCAAACUGCGAUCUGCCAGAUAUGCGCGCACCAUGUCAGCAGAAGUGCUGCAAUAAAUUUGUACCAAACAUCCACAGCGCUGCCUUCAUCAGAAAGAAACUUGACAAAGACAAUCUGCUGAUCCCAACGUGAAAUAUCGAUAAAAUCUGUUCCCUGC